AUGACAUGUAUUACAAUGUUUGUAUCACUUCAUACUCAUCAUUGGAUACGAAAUACUGAUGGAAAUGAACAUCGAGGUCUUAAAUUAGCAUGCUAUGAUUUUGGUAAUUUAUGUUAUGCAAGGGAUCAUACUAAAGGAGGAAUAUUAUUUUUUUCUAUAAUCACUUCCUUAAAUUUUAUAUUUGAAUUAUCAAAUAUUUUUUUUUUAUGCAGCCGAAAACGAUCUCGUAUUAAUCUAAUUUUAGAAGAACUUGCUAUUGUAACAACUUUAAUAUUUGUAUUAGCUGCUAUGGUCUUUAUAACAAUUGGAUUUAUUGUAAUUACAAGUCGUACAAAUGAACAAUUUGAUUGGUCAUUUAUUGUUUUUUUAUUAUCAUUAAUGUUAGGUUUUAUUGAUUUAAUAUGUUCAUUAGUUCGUGUAGUUUCAUAUUGUCGUGAUCAUUCAUUUCGUUCAAAAUUAAUAACAUAUAAUUCAAAUAAUAAUCAUGAAACAGUUCAAAUUCAAUGA